ACCCUGGAUGUAGGCAGGCGUACACACACCGGCAGAUUCACUCAGCUUCCUUAUUGCUCUCCCUUCUCCAGCUCUGUGUCUCUAUCCCUCCUGACUCCCUCCGCUGCUGGAUUUUAGCCCACUGCUGUGUGGAACACUGCCAAUAUGUCUGACAAGCCUGACAUGACUGAGAUCGCCCGUUUCGACAAGACAAAGCUGAAGAAGACAGAGACAAAAGAAAAAAACCCUCUACCGACCAAAGAGACCAUUGAGCAAGAGAGGAAAGGUGAUGCCACACCUUGACUUCUGAGCACAUUAAAGAAAGAAGCUGAGAUGCCACAGCAAAACGCACUUUCAUUUUAUCACAGUGUUUGAAUCUCUUGCUUUGUCUUCAGUAAAGGGUGCUCUUGAGCUCCCUAGGGUGCUGUAAGUGUUUAUGGCAUCCUCACAUGGGGGCUCUCUUACCACUUGGGUGGAAAAACUUUAGCCUGGGUGCUUGUCUUGCACAGUUAGCCUAUAGCUAACAUGUCUCCAACAUUGCCAAACUGUGGAGAGGUGUAGUGAUAUAGCACAAAGCGCGAGACAGGCAUCCAGGCUAUGGGGAGGAGGGGGCUGUCUACAGCCAUGGGAGCAGCCAGAGGCCAAACAUGUGAGGUGUUUUCUUAAUAAACUUUUUACUUUUCUUUAUGAAAUAAAUAUGAAGAUAUGGAA